ACCCACGAACUCUACAUCCCCAUCUCAGGCCCAGGCCUAACUCCCCAAUCCCGCUCGCACUGGUCCUUCCUCUUACGCACCCCAGGCAAGACCUACGGCGACCUCAUGCACGUCCAGAUCAUCGACCUCGACAGACUCUGGUACCAGUUCGACAGCAGGGAAGGGGUGGACCUGACCACGCUCCAGGCGGAGGGGAUGGUCAAGAUCACGGAUCUGAGCGCGGAGCAGCGCCGGCGCGUGCUGAGUGUGAUCCGGGUGGAGGCGGCGCCGAGAGAUGGCAAGAGGAAGUGUCAGGAGUGGGUUGUUGAUGCGCUGGUUAGUCUGGAGGUUGAGGAGUUGGUG